AUGAUCAAUUCCGAAUUACAUUGCAACCGGUGGAUCGUUGUGCUCAGCGCUGAAUCCUUGGCGAUAGUCGUUCUCAACAUUAUCACCAUUAUUGUAUUUGUGAAGCAGCGCCAGCUACAGAGGAAGAGUACAUACUUGAUCAUCCAUCUUGCUAUAGUCGAUCUCUUGGCUGGAGGUAUCAGUGAGCCUCUGAGCGUUGAAAAGAUUGGAAGCUUUUGUAGUCUGAGGGAGUACGACACAACAAAUAAUACUUGGCUGGUCAAAAUGAAGAGAGCCUUAGAGUUUAUCUUUCCUUCCUCCUCACUGCUCAAUCUCGCUGUUAUUUCAUUGGAACGGGCACAUGCAACAUUCUUCCCGUUCAGACAUCGUUUUAUCAGUCCAUGGGUAUAUGGAGUGGUAACUUCCUUUAUUUGGUUUACACCUGUAGCAGUGGAAGGAGGACGCAUAUUUUUCAAACUAUAUUUAAACAGAGAUCUGCCUGAUUUAAUUAUUUAUUUUUCUUUUGUUUUUAGUCUUCUUUUUGCUAUCUGUGUUUCUUAUUUUGCCAUUUUUCUCAAAGUCCGACGCAGUCGUCAUCCUCAACACCAUGGUGCAGCCGGUCUGAGGGAAAGAAAACUGACUAGUACAUUGUUUCUUGUCACCCUAGGAUCUUGGGUAACGUUUCUGCCAAGUGCGAUUUGGUUCAGUUUCGACAUAUUCAAAUACCGCUCCUCUAUCAACCUUUCCCCUAAAGGAAGGUUUCAAGUCGAAAUGAUAGCCCUUAUGUUAUUCUUCGCAAAUUCGCUGCUAAAUCCUUUAAUCUACGCCAUACGGAUGCCAGAAUUAAGGUCGGGUAUUUUGCGAAUAAUAUUUCGCAGGCCCCCACAGCGCUUGAAUCAAGUGGAUCUUUCACUACAAAAUAUUUAGUUUUCUUUCCGAUUUAAAGGUCACUGGUGAUUCGUCUCACAGGAAAUCAACUUGACUUCGGGGCUUUGGCUUUGUUUGGAGAAUUAACAGAAGAAGGUCGCUAAUAAUAUUUCCCUAAGAAUUAGACCAUCCUUUCCGAUUGUCACAGAUACCGUCUGAACUCAGUCUGUUUUGGAGGUGACAGAAAGGUUGGUAAAUAUAGCGUUUUUUAGGACCACGUGUUUGCAGUGAAAGCAACAAGCGACUGAAGUGUUUGAAAAUCAGGCAGGGACCAAGGAAGGCGUCUAUGGCCUCUUUUAGAUCCGUAGUUUAACCUUUAUGUUAAUAAACACGUUUUUGUAGCCUCUUAGAUUUCGAGUUUUCUCAGCUGUUCAAUCAAUUGAUAAUAAAUGCCUCUGCAUGGUGAGAAAACUUGGCGCGUGACAGAACAUUCUUAAAU